UUAGUACACUACAGAAAUGAAUUUGCACCGACUUGCCUGAUCCAAAAAAAAGGUGAAAUUGUUCUGUUUUUUCAGCUGUCAACGAUUUUGCUCAACAACGAACAGUUAUGGUGUUCAUCAAUCUUCCGAAUCACAAAACCCUAACCCUAGAAAUUAACCCUUUUGUAACUUCUCUUCAAACCCUAACCCUAGAAAUCCAUCAAAAGUUCCAUAUCCCAAUCACUCAACAACGACUCUAUUCAUCCUGCCGGCGUCUCCUCGAUGCGGAAGCACCGUUAUCCGAUCUAGGGAUUUCCCCUAAUUCCACUCUAACCCUGCACGUUCCUCUUUUCGGAGGUAUGCAAGCUCCCGGGGCACCGAAAGCCCGGCUCGAAUUUCUUAACACGAGACCUCCUCCGAAUUAUGUUGCUGGGUUGGGUCGUGGUGCUACGGGUUUCACGACCCGUUCUGAUAUUGGUCCGGCUCGUGCUGCUCCUGACCUACCUGAUCGUUCAGCUGUUGGUGGUGCACCGGCAACUGGAGUUGGACGUGGACGUGGCAAGGGUGCAGGGGAGGAAGAUGAAGAGGAUGAUGCGGAGGAAAAGGGGUAUGAUGAGAAUCAAAAAUUUGAUGAAUUUGAAGGUAAUGAUGUGGGGUUGUUUGCGUCUGCUGAGUAUGAUGAAGAUGAUAAAGAAGCUGAUGCGAUUUGGGAAUCUAUUGAUCAGAGGAUGGAUUCUAGAAGGAAAGAUAGGAGAGAAGCUAGGUUAAAGCAAGAAAUUGAGAAGUAUCGAGCUUCGAAUCCGAAAAUUACUGAACAAUUUGCUGAUUUGAAGAGGAAAUUGUAUACAUUGUCAAGUGAUGAGUGGGACAGUAUACCUGAAAUAGGGGAUUAUUCGUUACGAAACAAGAAGAAGAGGUUUGAGAGUUUUGUGCCUGUACCUGAUACUCUUUUGGAGAAGGCUAGGCAGGAAAAAGAGCAUGUAUCUGCAUUGGAUCCGAGGAGCAGGAUGGUUGGUGGCAUGGAGACUCCCUCUUCACAGACGCCAGUUGCAGAUUUGACUGCAGUGGGUGAAGGGAGAGGAACUGUGUUGUCAGUGAGGUUGGAUAGGAUUUUGGAUUCUGUUACUGGGCAAACCGUCGUGGAUCCUAAGGGAUACUUGACUGAUUUGAAGAGUAUGAAGAUUACUAGUGAUGCUGAGAUUUCCGAUAUAAAGAAGGCUAGAUUGUUGCUUAAGUCGGUUACUCAGACGAAUCCAAAGCAUCCUCCUGGUUGGAUAGCAGCUGCUAGACUGGAGGAGGUUGCAGGGAAGAUGCAGGUAGCAAGACAGUUGAUAAAGAAAGGGUGUGAAGAGUGUCCUAAGAAUGAGGAUGUUUGGUUGGAGGCGUGCCGUUUGGCGAGCCCCCUUGAGGCUAAGGCAGUGAUUGCUCAAGGUGUUAAGGCAAAUCCUAAUUCAGUCAAGUUGUGGAUGCAGGCUUCAAAGUUGGAGGAUGAUACAGCAAACAAGAGCCGUGUGUUGAGGAAAGGUCUAGAGCAUAUCCCUGAUUCAGUGAGGUUGUGGAAAGCUGUUGUGGAGUUGGCCAAUGAAGAAGAUGCUAGACUUUUGCUUCAGAGGGCUGUGGAAUGCUGUCCAUUGCAUGUGGAGCUGUGGCUUGCUCUUGCUAAGUUGGAAACUUAUGAUAAUGCUAAGAAGGUACUUAACAAGGCUAGAGAAAAGCUGCCUAAAGAGCCUGCCAUCUGGAUCACUGCAGCUAGGCUUGAAGAAGCUGAUGGGAAUACUGCUUCAGUUGGGAAAAUUAUUGAAAGGGCAAUAAGGGCUUUGCAGAGAGAAGGUUUGGAGAUUGACAGGGAGGCUUGGAUGAAGGAGGCUGAAGGAUGUGAAAGAGCCGGUUCUCUUGGGACUUGCCAAGCUAUAAUAAACAACACUGUUGGGGUUGGUGUUGAGGAAGAAGAUAGGAAGAGGACCUGGGUUGCUGAUGCUGAGGAGUGCAAGAAAAGGGGUUCUAUUGAAACAGCAAAAUACAUUUAUGCACAUGCUCUUACUGUAUUUAGAACUAAGAAAAGUAUCUGGCUUAAAGCUGCACAGCUCGAGAAAAGUCAUGGUACCAGGGAAUCGCUUGAUGCACUGCUUCGAAAAGCAGUUACCUACAUUCCAAAGGCUGAGGUUUUAUGGUUGAUGGGUGCCAAAGAGAAGUGGCUUGCUGGUGAUGUUCCUGCUGCUCGAGCAAUUCUGGAGGAAGCAUUUGCUGCAAUUCCUGAUUCUGAGGAGAUAUGGCUUGCUGCUUUCAAGCUCGAGUUUGAGAACUGUGAGACAGAGAGGGCAAGGAAGCUUCUUGCUAAGGCACGUGAAAGGGGAGGCUUGGAACGGGUUUGGAUGAAGUCAGUCAUUGUGGAGAGAGAACUUGGAAAUGUGGAUGAGGAGAGGAGAUUACUGGAUGAAGCAUUGAGGCGCUUCCCCUCAUUUUUCAAACUUUGGUUGAUGCUGGGACAGUUGGAAGAAAGACUUGGUAAUUCUAACAAGGCGAAGGAUGCAUUUGAAUCUGGCAUUAAGAAUUGCCCCAAUUGUAUACCCCUUUGGCUAUCCCUUGCGUCUCUAGAGGAGAAAAUGAAUGGGCUAAGCAAAGCUCGAGCAGUUCUUACUAUGGCCAGGAAGAGGAAUCCUCAAAACCCUGAGCUAUGGCUUGCAGCUGUGCGGGCUGAAGCUAGGCAUGGCUACAAAAGGGAAGCAGAUGUUCUGAUGGCUAAAGCAUUGCAGGAGUGCCCCAACAGUGGCAUUCUAUGGGCUGCUUCAAUUGAGAUGGCGCCUCGACCUCAAAGAAAAACCAAGAGCUCUGACGCUUUAAAGAAGUGUGAUCAUGAUCCUCAUGUUAUUGCUGCUGUGGCUAAGCUGUUUUGGCAGGAGAGGAAAGUAGACAAAGCAAGAAAUUGGUUCAACAGGGCAGUGACGCUUGCGCCAGAUAUUGGUGAUUUCUGGGCAUUGUAUUUCAAAUUUGAACAGCAGCAUGGAGCAGAAGAGCAGAGGAGCGAUGUGCUGAAGAGAUGUGUUGCUGCAGAGCCAAAGCAUGGUGAAAAAUGGCAAGCUACAUCAAAGGCCGUAGAGAACUCUCAUGAACCAACUGAAAGCAUAUUGAAGAAGGUGGUAGCCACACUAAAGAAGGAGGAGAAUUUGGCUGAAAAUAACCACAACUAGUCUGCUGUAGUGUAUGAGUCUAUGUACUUGAUAAUCUAGAGAGAUUUAUAGGUUAGGAGAGUUGUUAAAACAUCCUUAUUUGAAUUUUACCUCAAAUGGUUGGAUCUUGGUUGUAUUUGUCACCUUAUGUGAGCUUAUAAUAUUGCAAUUUUCCAUUUCUCAUAUUGUUCUCAAGGUUAUGUUUCUUCUUGUAUUUUUAGAGAC